AGGCUUGGCAAGUUGCAACCCUAUUCAAGACGCCGCAGAGGGUAUAAAGAAAAAAGAAGAAAAAAGGCGCACCGAAAACGAGCCGCUUUGCAUUGAAAUUUUGGGUAAAGAAAAAACAGCGCAUCCAAGCAACGAGUGAAAUUUGUGUUAGUUUUUAAAUACAGUGCUGACGAAACGUGUCUCUGGUUUCUGAGUCUGCGUCGAGAGCAAAGCAAAAAAGAAAAAAAAAAUAGAAAAGAAAAGUGAAACACGAACAAAAUGUCGGACAUCUCCAGCGCUCAGCUCAGAACUGAAAUCCAGGCGGUACUCAAAGAUGCCGAUCUCUCAACCAUUUCCGCCAAGCGAGUGCGCGAACAAGUUGAAGGCAAACUCAACUGUUCGCUGGUGAGCCGCAAGAAGGAGUUUGACAAUAUUGUGAUGGAGGUGAUCAACGAGCAGCAGGAGGACGACGACGAUGAUGAUGACGAUGAUGGCGGCGAUGGUGACGAUGGCAAGGAUCCCGAUGCUGAUCCCCAAGAUGAUAGCGAGCAAAGCGAAGAGGAUGAGGUCGCCAGCAGCAGUGAGGAGGAGCAACAGAAGAAGCAAAAGAAGAAGCCGGGACCCAAGAAGCGUCCACAGCCCACCAAGCAUAAGGUGUCUGCCAAGAAGAAGCGCAAGACUCUCAAUGCCGAUGACUCGGGCACCGAAAGCGAUGCCGGCUCCGAUUCUGACUACGAAGUAGUCAAGAAACCCACUCCUAAAAAGAAGGCCGCCAAGUCGGGGGCUGGUGGCACAACCGGACGCAAGAGCACCGGCUUCACACGCGCCUACAAUCUGUCGCCGGAGCUGUCGGCUUUGGUGGGCGCCGAUUCGUUGCCACGCCACGAGGUGGUCAAGAAGGUGUGGGCCAUCAUUAAGGAGCGUGAUCUGUACGAUCCGAAGAACAAGCAGUUUGCCAUAUGCGACGAUGAGCUGAUGAAGGUGAUGAACAUCAAGCGUUUCCGCACCUUCGGUAUGCUGAAGCAUCUCAAGCCGCACUUCCUUGACUAAGUAACAAACAAUUACAACAUCUCUUCCUACUCCCUCUCCUCUUAAUCCACAUCCAGAUGCAAUUUGGACAACCCACAACACAUCCAUACACAUUUUGUUUAGUUUAUAGUUUUGCUUGAUUCCUUUUUUAUAUAGUAGAUACAUAUAUAUUGAGAAUCCACAGACACAACACACACACUCACAUACACAACACUUUUUCGGCACCUUGCAACAAUUUCGUUUUUAAGAAUUUCCUACUUUGUUCUGCUUCAUUUCGGCUCUCGUCCCCACCAGAAUAAUAAUUGCGUUAGGAUUAACAACAACCUAAUUAAGACGAAUCUACAAAAUAUACUUUCAUAUAUAGUCUCUACGGCAUUUUAAGUAAAAUUUACGAAAAAAAAAAAACAAAA